AUGUCGAUGAGUAUCGCUACUGCAGAUGAAUUCUUAACGCAAUACAGAGCUAUUUCAGCUAAACUGAAGAAGCGUUUCAUGAGGAAGCCAAAUGUAUCUGAGGCAGUUGAACAAUUCAAUGCUCUAGCCAACGAUAUGAAAUUACAGAACAGUUACCCUUAUGCUGCUCUCUGCUACUUGGCUAUUGCUCGAUGUGAAUCAAUGGCGAAUUGUUUUACUGCAGAGGCUGAAGCUUUAGUCCAGGCGGCCCGAAAUUAUUUUGAAGCCGAGAUGGAGAAUGCUAGAAAACAGUCUCCUACAUUUUACGAGAAUUGUGCUAUGGCAACAAACUGCUAUAAUACUGCUAUAAAGAUUUACUGCAAGAAUGACCAAAUUGCUUUGGCAGCUUUUUUAUGUUUGGAGCUUGGUAAAGGUUUACAGAAAUUGAAUAAAUCAGUCGAAGCGAUUGGUCACUAUCAGAGAGCGGUUGAAUUACAGCAUCAAAAUCCGCUUGAUGUUCUUACUUCGAUGGACUAUAUUGCUUCUUGUCAUAUUGAAACAGGAGACUUUGACAACGCUUUAACCGUUUUGACUGAAAUGUCUUAUUUAGCGAAAGAAAGAGGAGGUAUCAAGCGUGGUACUGUUUCUCAAAUACCGGGUGCGUAUAAAGACAUCUUGGCCAGAUGCGAAGUUUCUAGAGUUCUUAUCUUGUUGUUGCUACAGCCCACUCCACAAAGAAUUCGGCCUGAACAUGCUAAUGUUCUAGAAAGAUAUUCGUGGGAAUCUAGUGAUGAGUCCUUACAAGUCCCGUAUUUAAAAGAGGAUUUAUUCUUACUACUUCAGUCACUGGUGAUGGCAUACCAAGCUAAUGAUAUUUUGGCUGUCCGAGAACUACAGAAGGAUCUCAGACUAGCGCUGAGAAUGAUUUCAGGAAACAAGUAUGCUGAAAUUGAUGUAAAUAAUAACUUUAUAUCCUAA